AUGAGCCUAUUCAAGCGCAAAGGGCGUAGGAUAUCUACUUUUGAAGACGAGGAACCGGGCGACGCGUCGGUUGGUGACGAAGAACCAUCAAUACAAGUGCCGGUGAAAUUCGGAAAGCGGCCUUCCAAGCAGUCUGCGCUACGACGAAAUACCAGCGUUGGUGACCCGGCUGAAGGCAACGAUGGCGACAUUGGGGAAGACGAUGAAGGGCCGGCAGUGGUGCGCCCAUCCAUAGGCCGGAUCAGCUCGACAAGGUCGAAGAAGCGGAUGUCCUCUUCAACGCGGCUGUCUUUCGGUGUCGGGGCAGUAAGCGAAGCGUCUGAGGCAACGACAGAAGACAGGACGUCAGCCACGACGCCACGACGGACCGGGAUCACAUCUCUGAGCCAGCGGGUGUUGGAGACGAACGCGUUCCGGAAGUCCCUCUCCGGACGGCUGCCGACCCGGCCGCUGGACACGGAAGACGAAGACCGGCCACGAUACAGCAAAGAGCACCUCGAGGAGCUCCAGAGCUCGACGCCCAACACACCGCGGAAUGUCGCUUCGAAGAGACACGAAGACGGCGACGCUAGUGAUGGCCGCGCGGAUGCAGACGUGAUGCAGCUCGACGUGUCCGAGCUGGAGGGCGCCACGGUGGUCGAGUCGUCGGACCUAGCGGCGCUGCGGACUGGAGCUCUCGCGACGUCAGCACCGGCAGCACAUGUCCUGACGCAGACGGAGAUUCAAGAACGAAAAGACCGGCGACAGCGGCUGGCGCUCGAGAAGAACGCGCUCGCGAUGGGCAGCGAAGACGACGAGGAAAACGGGUACAUCUCGCUGGUCUCGGGCGACGGCAACAAGAAGAAGCGGAAGGAGGAGUCGCGGCUGGUGCGCGAGGACGAGGAUCUGGGCGAGGGCUAUGACGAGUUUGUCGAAGACGGGGGGCUGUCGCUGGGCCGAAAGGCUGAGCGGGAGGCCCGACGGCGACGCAAGCAGGAGAUGGCAACGCUGAUCAGUGCGGCCGAGGGUGGCGGCGGUGGCCACGGCGACGGCGCCGACAAUGACGAAGACGGUGUCGACAGCGACGACUCGGAAGCAGAGCGCCAGGCAGCCUACAACGCAGCCCAGACGCGGGCCGGCAUGGAUGGCCUGAAGCGGCGUGGCGGCGGGUCGAACGAGGACGACGAGGACGAGAUGAACGUGCUGCGUGGCACGGCGGCUGCCUCGUCCACGAUACCCAAGAUGCAGCCGCUGCCAGAGUUGGCAGACUGUCUGGCACGCAUGCAGCGCAUCGUCCUCAACCUCGAGAACGAGGCGGCACAGCGACGCCAGAAGCUGGCCGAGAUCGAGGCUGAAAAGGCCGAGAUCCUUGCGCGCGAGGCUGAGGUGCAGGAGCUCCUCAACGCGGCCGGCCAGAAAUACCAGGCUAUUCUGGGCGGCGACGGCAGCGGCAGCAGCAGCAGCAUGGCGACAACCGAUCCUGCCAGUGUUGCAGCAGCUGCGGCUGCUAUGCUGGCGACGACAACACAGUCACCACUGCGGCCACUGCCUGUUGGUGGCCCGGCCGAGAGAGGUCUGGAAAGCCUGGGCGGAACGCCAGUUCGCCGGGCAGACAAGGACGACGUAUUCUAG